CCUCGCCCCGGUUUUCUCUGGGUUGCUUUCAGUUGAUAUUGUCACUCAACUAAAACGAACCACCAGCAAUGCUACCUUCGAUGAGGAAACUUCUUCUAACUUUUAUAUUGUAUGUUGUUCUUAUUUUAGCUUUUUUCGCUUACUGGUUAAAUCCAACAAGUGUCGGAAUCGUAGAUCGUGUCCAGGAGGCAUUACCUAGUGUUUCAAUAAGAUAUUCAACUACUCUUUACGAAAGAAAUGGAACGAACACAAGUAUUAAAGUGGAUGCGUCGGUAUUUACGACUCAUACAAAUUCCAAGAUAUCAACCGACUAUAGACCUUGUAAACCUCACCGAAAUAUUGUCUUCUUCAAAACACACAAAUGUGGAAGUUCGACGACCCAAAAUAUAUUUUUACGUUUCGGAGACACGCGUAACCUGACGUUUGCAAUGCCGCUGGAGAACACGUUUGGAUAUGAUCAUAUUUUCAGUUUGUCCAAACUUUUUUUACCAAGCAUGGUGCAAACGUUACCAACUACGGAAUACAACUUACUCUGUCAUCAUUGUACAUUUAAUCGAAAGGGUUUUGAGGAAAUCAUGCCAUCGGACUCGUUCUACACCACAAUUAUACGGGAACCUGUAUCCGUAUUCGAUUCCUACUUUGCCUACUUCGGCUGGGCAAAACAUCUUAAGCUUCAAAACUAUUCACACCCUCUCGAGGAAUUCAUGAAUCGUGUGGAGGCAGCGAAGAAGUCAGGGUCUAUACCACCACUCCUGUCCUCCAAAAAAGAUGUUGUUUUCCAUCAUUUUGACUACAAACAGAAAAUAGAGACCGAUAUAAUGGCAAAUAUUAUCAUCGCAAACAUGGAGAGAGAACUAGAUUUUGUUAUUCUCAUGGAAUACUUUGAUGAAUCAUUGAUACUGCUGAAAAAUAAACUAUGCUGGAGCUUUGACGAUAUUCUUUAUGCUCCAAAAUUAGUUCGAACUAAAAGAUUGGAAAUUAAUGAAGCCCUACAGUAUCGGAUACGUAAAUGGAACGCUUGGGACGUGUUAUUAUAUGAUCGAUUUAAUGCCAGUUUAUGGAAACAAAUUGAAGAUUUUGGAUUUGAUAGAAUGGCUAGUGAAUUGAAAAUAUUUCACGAGAAACAAAGAGAGUUACUGAGAAACUGCACUAAAGAGGAAGAUGGUGGUUUGGAUACUGUAAAAAAUCUAAGAUUCAAACCAGAUCUAAAAGGACUAUGUUGGCAAAUCUCACGUAAUGAACCCACAUACACUCGGUAUUUACGACAGAAACAAAUAGAUCGUUUUAACAAUACACAUUGAAAAAAAACUAUACUUUAGUUCUAAUCAAUGUUUUCAUGUGAAUGAUGAAUGAAUGAAUGAAUGAAUGAAAGAAUGAAGGAGGAUAGCCCCUCACAUUAUUAAUGUUGAUACCGUAGUCUGUUAUCUUUUAUAGGCUAUAAUUUUGUCGUUAAGUUGAUAUCUCAUUGAUGCAAAUACAAGCUUGGUUUCCAUACAAUCGCUACACCAUAUCGCCAACAGUUGCCGGGAAGGUUGAGCCUGCUUCAACUUUGCAGAAUUUGUUGCAGACGAAUCGAAGUGCAAUCCCGAUUGCGACGAGGUACGGUAGCUAUUUAAAUUUAAGUUUGUAGUGGGGCCUGCUGUAGAGUAAUUUUUAUUGGACCGUAAAGGCUUUGUAGUUGACUGAACCUUAGUAGGAGGCCCGUGGGCCCCACGAAAGCCCAUACUUUAUCUCACAACUGACUAAAAUCACACUAAACUCUCCAGGCCGUAAUAAGCUGAAACUUGAUCUAUAAAAAGCAUCGUUCCAUCCUGUAAGUGGCGAGUGUACUUGCUGUUGGAUGUGAAGGGAAAUUUUUAAAAAAAGAAAAGAAAGAAAAAGUGUUACUCCACUGAGAAGAUAGUAGAUAGAACGAAAAUGUUUUGUGGCCGUUAAUUAAAUCGAGAGCAUGCAAUUCUGACAAUGAGCUUGUGCUUACACUAUAAUUUAGUUUGAAUAUUAUUCGCCGGUAAGAGCCAAAGCCUAUCAUUAUUUAUUGGCAAUGUGAUGUAAUGGUUAGGAGAAGACAACAUUGUACUGUAAUCAAUUAUGGUACCGUAAUGGAUGAACUCGGGACAAAUUGUUAGUACUGUGAAUUAGAGGCCUACUAUUCAUGAUCACGUUAUCAUUUUUUUCUUUAAGUUAUUGGAUAAAACAAUUCUUAUAUUAAAAUUUCAAAAUACGAAAAGUUGGCACUCGAAAAUUAAAGUAAGAAUUUAAUUAUCAGUAGUAGUGUGUGUGCAUGUGUAUCCUAUAAAUGUUCCUCGGCCGUCUAUAGGAUCGAAAUAGACAGAAACCAAUACAUUAUUUUUUUAAAUAAAAUACUAAUUGUUAUUUUUAUCGAAACAUUUUUGAAAAAUGUUAUUAAUCACUAAAGUUUACAUGUAAUUGAGAAGUCAUGAUAGUGACCUAACCAAGCCGCAACAUAGCCCUACUGGUAAUAUGCAAAUAAUGAAUGUUUAUGGUGCAAUGAUAUAUAAUAGUUCAUGUGAAAGUUUAUUCAACGAUCCUUGUAACCGUGAAAUAGUCAUCCUACGUGACGAGCAUUCAACAAAUCAAAUUAAAUAAAAUAUAUAUAGUUUUAUAAUAGAAAAUAACCAUCAGUCAUCGUCAUCAAUGAAGAAUGUAUAGCUGCUCAACACAAUUCUAUUAUCGAAUCGGGAAAAAAAUGAUCAUAAUGCGCUGAGGUGUAAUGGGUACCGUAUCUAAUCCAAUUUUUGACUAGCUCAUAACUGAACUAGAAUCUCUAUGCUCCUCUUAAUUAAAGAAACUGCUUUAAAAUAACAUAGAAUCUCUAUAGCCUAGAAAAGAAAACCCUUAGAGGAACAGGCGCGGAGCGCAUACAUAUCAACUAACAAAGGAAGAGAAAAAAAACAGUCCAAAAUGAAUUUCAAUAUUUUUGUAUGAAAACUACAACAGGAGAUAAAAUAAAAUGUUAAAGGUUUUCCCUUUUUCGCUUGAAGAAAA